AUGGAGUUCUUUAAUAGUGGUCGAAUGCUGAAGAAUGCCAACCACACGGUUAUUUCUCUUAUUCCCAAGGUUAAGUCAGUUAAAACCAUGAAAGAUCUUCGGCUAAUCAGCCUUUGCAAUGUUUUCUACAAGAUUAUUGCUAAAUUGCUUACUUUAAGGCUCCAACCUUUGAUGGACUCUAUUGUGGGUUCGGAACAGAAUGCCUUCAUUAAAGGCCACCUGAUUUCGGACAAUGUUCUUAUCUGCCAUGAGAUCAUGCAUAGCCUUAAAUUAAAAAAACAUGGCAAGUCUGCCGGAAUGGCAAUCAAGCUAGAUGUGAGUAAAGCAUAUGAAUGCAUGGAGUGGUCUUUUUUACAGCAUAUGCUCUAUUGCUUUGGCUUUCAUGAGAAGUGGAUAUCCUGGAUCAUGCAAUGUGUCUCUUCAGUAACCUUCUCUCUUCAAGUUAAUGGCCAUCGCUUUGGGUAUCUAACUCCAACAAGAGGUAUUCGUCAGGGAGACCCCCUAUCCCCUUACCUCUUUCUCUUAGUAGCGGAAGGUUUUUCUCAUGCUUUAAACAAUUCGGCCAUUAGAGGGUUAUCUGCUUCUCGACAUGGCCCAUCUAUAUCACAUUUGUUGUUCGCAGAUGACUCCAUCUUAUUCACACAAGCAACUAUGGAGCAAGCAAAUAUAAUCCGAUCCAUUUUGCAUAACUAUUCAAGAGCAAGUGGGCAAUCAGUUAACUUGGCUAAAUCAACUAUCAUCUUCAGUCCCAAUACUUCUCCAAUCUUGAAGCAACAAAUUUGUUCUUCUCUGAAUAUUCAUAACUUGGAGGUCAAUGAUCGUUUUCUAGGUUUACCUGCUCAUUUUUACAGAUCAAAAACUCAAACAUUUGGUUACCUCAGAGAACGCAUUGAGAAGACAUGUGCGGGGUGGAAGGAAAAGCUUCUAUCCAAAGGCGGGAAAGAGGUGUUGAUCAAAGCACAAAAUGAAAGGAAGAUCCAUUGGGUUGCCUGGUCCAAACUCUGCGAGUCAAAGGGUGAAGGAGGUUUAGGUUUCAGAGAUAUGGAAAGCUUCAAUAGGGCCUUAAUUGCUAAACAAGGUUGGAGAAUUCUCUCUAAUCCUAACUCUCUUUUGGCUAGAGUCUUAAAAGGCAUUCGCUGGCAUGUCGGUAAUGGAGAGAACAUCUUCUGCAAAGAAGACAUAUGGGUUCCACUCCUUUUCCCAGACAAGCCACGUCUUAAAGAAGGACAUGCUACAGAUAUAACUCGGGUGGUUCAGCUUAUCAAUCCAUCUACCAAGCUUUGGGAUGCUACUAUCUUGUCUCAAAACUUUAAGCCAGCAGAUGUUGAGAAAAUUAAAGCCAUUCCUCUCAGUAUUUUUGCUCGGGAAGAUAGGUUGGUAUGGCACUUUGAGAAAAGCGGCAUUUAUUCAGUCAGGUCUGGUUAUUGGAAAGCUAAAGAUUUGAGUAGACGGGCAGCUAUAGAACCUAAUGGUAAUUCGAGUCCAAGUUCCUCAGCUCACAAUUCUUACUUCUGGAAGUCUCUUUGGAAGACUAAUGUUCCAAGUAAACUUCGGAUUUUCCUAUGGCUUUUUUGCUUGGAGCGGCUACCUUUUUGGUUUAAUUCUCCAUUGCAACUUCGUUCUUCUUAUCUUUUGAGCUCAACAAUGAUGGACAAAUGGACAGAAGUUUGUAAUGCUCUUUCCCAGGAAUCCGACUCAGAUAGUCUAAUACAACUUUUUGCCUUCCUUCUUUGGCAAAUAUGGAAAGAUAGGAAUGCUUUCACAUUCAAUAAUAUGUCUAAACCGGCUGAAGAGUCUGUUAGCUUGGCAAUCAAAAGUCGAGAUGAUUUUAGAGAAGCCACCUCCAACCAUCCUCUCCCCUCGCAUCAAUCAGAAAUGGAUCAACAGCUGUUAAUUCAUCAAUCUCAACUCUCUUGGCAACCCCCUCCUCUCGGUUUCGUAAAGCUUAACUUCGAUGCAGCUUGGGACAAGAAUUCGAAUUCAGGAGCCACUGCAGUUAUUGUUCGUGAUCCUUCUGGAAGUGUUAUUGACUGGUGCUGUCGUUCGUGGGUCUCUAUCUCAGACCCCUUACAAUUAGAGAGUAUUGCUUGUCGAGAAGCACUUCUUUUUGCCAAAAGUAGAGGAUUCUCUCACUCUAUUAUAGAAGGAGAUUCUCUUAUCACAGUUCAAGCCUGUAGGGGUAACCCAGCUCCCCUUAGUAUUCAAGAUAUUAUCUCUGACUCGUUAGAUAUCGCUAAAUUCUUUCAAUCUAUCUCUUUUUCUUGGGUACGUCGGACUCACAAUCAGGCUUCACAUCUCCUUUGUAAAAAGUUCAUCAGAGAUAGUUCGUUCAGAGUAAAUCCCUUGUAUUAG